UUCUGUGUUCUCUCUUUCGUACAGAGGGAGAAAGGCGACUCUGUCUUGUGUUGUGUUGCGUGAGAGAGGAAGAAGCUUCUCCGUAACUUUCCAUUAAUUAAAAAGAUAAAACCAAAAAAAAACAAAAAAAAAAUUCGUAGUAGAAGCGAAGAGGAGGAAGAAGAAGAAGAAGAAGCCAAAGAGAAAUUGAGAUUAUUAGUUGUUUAAUUUUUUUGAUCCUGUGGGGGAUAAUCCAUCUGACUUUGACACUCGUCUCUUCACGCAAUCGCGUUCGUUUCUCGUAUCGCGUCUAGGGUUUGCGUAAAGUUCGUUCCUUUUGAUUAUUUGGAAAGUAUAUUUAGUACUAGAUUUGGCUUUAAAGUCGGAGACUUUGAGGAUAUCUCGUGGUGGGUUAUAGUCGAUUGUGGUCGUAAUCAAAGUCUUUGAUGAAUCUGUGUGUUUGGUCAAGGAUCGAAUAUAUAGAAAAGCCUUAGUCUUUCUUUUGGGUUUUGGCUCCCUGCUCUGUUUUCUAAAAUUGAUUAGGUGAGUGAGUCACGACGAUGAGCGGAAGCUUCAGUGAUGAAGGCAAGCUGAUUCUCUGCGUGGCUGAGAAUGGCCACUCAUUUGAAUUCCAAUGCAGCGAGACAACUUCUGUUGAAUCCGUGAUGCGUUUCGUUGAGUCUGUCUCUGCUAUUAGCUUCUCUGACCAGCUUCUUCUCUCGCUGGACAUGAAGCUUGAGCCUCAGAAGCUGCUCUCUUCUUUCGGGCUUCCCGCAAGCGACAGAGAAGUGUUUGUUUUCAACAAGGCUAUGCUGCAAAGCAACUCUCAUCCUCCAUCACCUGAAGAUGUAGUAGUUUCACAAGAAGUAGAUGAUGAUGAUGCUUCCCCACCUGCUUCAUUGCAUGAACAUCAUCAUCCCUUGGAUGAUGCGUCGGAUCCAGCUUUAAAGGCUUUACCUUCUUACGAGAGGCAGUUCAGAUACCAUUUCCUCAGAGGCCGCACCAUCUACAACCGCACGGUUGCCAAGCACGAGAGCUGCUCCAGGUUCGCGAGAGAGCGGAAGGUACAGCAGCGCGCCCUCGAAGUCGCCACGAGGAACCUGGAGCAGUACUACAGGGUGAUCUAUCAGAACUACCUCGAGUUCACGAAGCGUUACAGGCAUCAGCACCGCCUCCACUCUGAUCUGCUAACGAAUUUCGGAAGGGAUGUUGAGAAACUGAGGUCGGUUAAGGUUCAUCCUUGCCUGCAAACCGAUUCGAGGAGAUGCUUGCUGGAUUUUGUCAAGGAAGAUAACCUCAGAAAGGCUGUGGAGAAUUGUGCGAGCUCUCACAGGCAGUUUGAGAAUAAGAUUGCGCAGUUCCAGCAGAUGUUUGUGGAGGUUAAGCGCAAGGUGGAGGAGUUGUUUGCUUGCAGGGCUUCCUUGUCGUUGGAGAACUUGGAAGUGACUGUUAAGGAGCACGCACACUUCAUUAAUGAGCAGAAUAGCAUAAUGCAAUCUCUCAGCAAAGAUGUUAAUACGGUUAAGAAGCUUGUGGAUGAUUGCAUGUCUAGCCAAUUUUCCUCAUCUCUCCGACCUCAUGAUGCUGUUUCAGCCCUGGGUCCUAUGUACGAAGUGCAUGACAGGAAUCACCUUCCCCAGAUGGAGGCUUGCUAUAACUCCAUCUCAGAACUGCUGGAAUUUUGCAGGAGCAAGAAGAAUGAGAUGAACAGCUUUGUGCACAGUUACAUGCAAAAGAUAACAUUCGUCACAUACAUCAUCAAAGACGCUAAGUUACAGUUUCCUGUUUUUAGAGAGGCGAUGGUGCGUCAGGACGACUUGUUCGCAGACCUGAAGUUAGUUCGUGGUGUUGGCCCCGCUUACAGGGCCUGCCUCGCGGAAGUAGUGAGGAGAAAAGCCUCUAUGAAGCUUUACAUGGGAAUGGCUGGGCAGUUGGCAGAGAGGCUUGCUAUGAAGAGGGAAGCAGAGGUCAGGAGACGCGAGGAGUUUCUUAAAACGCAUGGUCCCUUUGUACCUCGUGAUGUGUUGGCCUCUAUGGGUUUAUAUGAUACUCCUACUCAGUGUGAUGUUAAUGUUGCUCCUUAUGAUACUAGUUUGAUCAGUAUUGAAAUCUCUGAUGUUGAUAGAUAUGCUCCGGAGUAUCUUGUUGGGUUACAGUCAAAGACAAGGAGUUCACACGGCAUGUCUAGCGAUGAGGAGAUAGAUGUAGACGCUUUAGACAAAGAUAGUUUUGACGAUAUCCUAGAGGCCUCAGAGUUAGUGGAGAUAGCUGGAACCAGCAAGAUGGAAGUUGAGAACGCGAAACUAAAAGCUGAGCUUGCUUCUGCGAUCUCUAGGAUUUGUUCAUUAGGCCCCCAAGUCGAAUACGAGGAGGUGGAUGAAAGCAACGUGGAAAAUUUAUUGAAAAAUGCAGCACAGAAAACAGAAGAGGCACUGCAGGCCAAAGAUGAGUAUGGGAAACAUCUCCUAUCUAUGCUCAAGGAGAAACAAAGGCAUUGUGAUUCAUAUAAGAAGCGCAUCAGUGAACUGGAACAACGUCUCAGCGAUGAGCAUUCGCAUUCACGGGGACAGAGACAUGUUAAUAAGACGGAUGUAUCUGGCUUAAAAGCAGAAACUUCAGGUGCUUUGGAAGGCAGCAAAGCUCAUGUAUCUGGUUCGGAGCCCAUGGAUGAGGUGUCAUGUGUUUCAAAUCUUUCUAGAAAGCAGCCAUGUAAAGGUCGGGAAGGUAUGGAUGAGAAUAUGGUGGAUUCCUCCUCUCUGGUGCUGAGCCAUCCUCUUGAUUCAUCGAUGCUGGAAAGCCAGCAAAACAAUGAGAAUGUGGUGGGGGAAAUGGGUGUGUUUCUAAGUAACAGUUCCACGGCCGAGAGCCCAACUAAAUCUUUGUGUACUAAUGUGGCAACCGGCUUAGGUUUAUAUACCAAACACAGUGAUGAUAUUAUAUUGGAACUCAGAAACGAGCUGAUGGAGAAGUCCAGUAAACUGAAUGAAACAGAGUCUAAGCUAAAUGGUGCUAUUGAAGAGGUAGCUAGUCUGAACAGAGAGUUGGAAAUGAAUCAGAAGCUUCUUGAAGAAUCUCAGAUGAAUUGUGCACAUUUGGAAAACUGCUUACAUGAAGCAAGAGAAGAAGCCCAGACACAUCUUUGUGCUGCUGAUCGUAGAGCGUCUGAGUAUAAUGCACUUCGUGCCUCAUCUGUGAAGAUACGAGGUCUCUUUGAAAGAUUCCGGAGCUCUGUCUGUGCUGGUGGUGGGGUUGCUGGUUUUGCUGACUCCUUGCGUACCUUGGCUCAAGCUUUAGAAAACUCCAUUAAUGAUAAUGAAGAUGAUGGUACUGUUGAGUUCCGGAAAUGCAUCCGAGUCCUCGCAGACAAAGUUAGCUUCCUCUCCAAACACAGGGAGGAGUUGCUUGAAAAGUGCCGAAAUCUUGAUGUUACAAUUGAACAGACAAGAAAGGACUUGGUGGAGAAGAAAGAGCUGGUGAAAACAUUGUACACUAAGCACCAACUUGGCAAGCAGGCAAAUAAGGAAAAGAUAUCAUUCUGUCGUCUUGAAGUCCAUGAGAUUGCAGCAUUUGUUUUAAAUCGAGCAGGACAUUACGAGGCGAUCAACAGGAACUGCCCAAACUACUACUUGUCCUCUGAAUCCGAGGCGUUGUUCACAGAUCACCUCCCAAACCGGCCUACAUACAUCGUUGGACAGAUUGUCCACAUCGAGCGCCAAGCAGUGAAGCAGCCAUCACCACCCUCAGCUUCUGCAUCUCCUGUGGCUGCUGGUAAGACGGGCUAUCUCGGCUCAGAGCAGGGUUCAAGAAAUCUGGCAUCAAGUUCAAUGUCAACAUCAUCUUCAGGAGCAAUAACAACAGCAAACCCUUAUGGUCUGUCUUCAGGAUGUGAAUACUUCAUAGUGACAAUAGCAAUGCUUCCUGACACUGCUAUUCAUCAACAAGCUUCCUGAUCCUUUUGCUUGUUCUAAAGGCAGAUAGAUGUGAUGGAAGAAACCCCUCUCCCCUUCCCAAAAGAGAAGAUGUAAAUACUUUUUAUUCAAAUAACAAUCAAUAACCGGACAGCCCUUGUUUGAUUUGUGGGUGGUGUUGGGUUUCAUUUCUCCUUUUUAACUAUUUUUAUUUCAUCUCUUUCUUCUUCCUGUAAAGCUGAUGUUCACUGAUCUUAGAUUCUUAGUUUAAUCUUUCAUCCUUGUACAUAUAUUCUGCUUUGCUCUUAGUGCUGUAAUAAAAGAACAAUAUGAUUCUAUAUAAAAUAACGAAGUUUAUGAUAAAUAA